GGAGUGUACUUUGGUGGACAGUCCGUAAAAUCUUUCGAUUCUAUCCGUUUUCAUCCCUCGAGCAAUCCGAUAACCCUACUAGGAGAGAUGGCUGAUGUUCAGGACAUAAUGUCGUCGCUUCCGGACGAUAAGAUCGAUAUGAUUGCUGCCACGAGCGUCUUGCAGCAACAGGCCGGGGACAUUCGUCAAAACAAGCCGAACUGGUCGUCGUACAUGCAGUCGCAGAUGAUUUCGCAGGAGGAUUACUCUUGUGUCAGCUCGCUGGACAAGGACAAGAAGUACCUGCAGGACAAUCCAACACAGUGCGCCAAAACACUGCUGAACAUGCUGUCGCACGUGUCGAAGGAUCAGACAAUCCAGUACAUUCUGGUACUGAUCGACGAUCUCCUGCAGGAGGAUCGCUCGCGUGUGCAGAUCUUCCACGAUUACGCCAACAAGAAGAAGGAAAGCGUGUGGGCACCGUUCCUGAACCUGCUCAACCGUCAGGACGGUUUCAUCGUGAACAUGGCGUCCCGGGUCGUUGGCAAGUUGGCCUGCUGGGGUCAGGAGCAGAUGCCCAAAUCGGAUCUGCACUUCUAUCUGCAAUGGUUGAAGGAUCAGCUGACCGUCGCCGCUCAAAAAUUAUUGCAUGAAAUGGAGGAGGCAGAAAAGAAGAGACUGGCCGAGCCAGCUGCCUCCCAUGGCCACCACGGGCAUGGGCACCAUACCCAUCACGGAGAGGCGCAUCAUCACGCGAACAGCCACCAUCACCAGAUUGCGGAGCGUUACCGCGAAAUAUCCAGCGCAAUCGACGAUCCACGGACAGGUUCUUCCGGCGAAAAUCGCGAUCUUCAUGUGACGCUAACGAACAACGAAUACAUCCAAUCGGUUGGCCGUUGCCUGCAAAUGAUGCUGCGUGUGGAUGAGUAUCGUUUCGCUUUCGUCACCGUCGAUGGAAUCAGCACGCUGAUUAGCAUCCUUUCGUCCAGAGUGAACUUCCAGGUUCAAUACCAGCUGGUGUUUUGCCUGUGGGUGCUUACCUUCAACCCGCUGCUGGCGGAAAAGAUGAACAAGUUCAACGUGAUCCCCAUCUUGGCCGACAUCCUGAGCGACUGCGCCAAGGAGAAGGUGACGCGCAUCAUCCUCGCCGUGUUCCGCAACUUGAUCGAGAAGCCGGAAGAUUCGCAGGUCGCGAAGGAACACUGCAUCGCCAUGGUGCAGUGCAAGGUGAUGAAGCAGUUGACCAUCCUGGAGCAGCGCCGCUUCGAUGACGAGGACAUCACGGGUGAUGUCGAGUUCCUGACCGAGAAGCUGCAGAAUUCGGUGCAGGACUUGAGCUCGUUCGAUGAGUACGCCACCGAGGUGAAGAGCGCACGUCUGGAGUGGUCUCCGGUGCACAAGUCGGCCAAGUUCUGGCGUGAAAAUGCGCAGCGUUUGAACGAGAAGAACUACGAGCUAUUGCGCAUUCUUGUGCACCUGCUGGAGACCUCGAAGGACCCGCUGGUGCUGUCGGUGGCCAGCUACGACAUCGGAGAAUACGUCCGUCACUAUCCGCGAGGCAAGCACGUUAUUGAGCAACUGGGAGGAAAACAGCUGGUGAUGCAGCUGUUGGCUCACGAAGACCCGAACGUGCGCUACGAAGCGCUGCUUGCCGUGCAGAAACUGAUGGUCCACAACUGGGAGUACCUUGGCAAACAGCUGGAAAAGGAAACUGAGAAGACCCAGGGUACUGCGCCCAUCAGUGGCAAGGCCUAAAUUGAAAAAAAAAUCAUGUUCAGUAACUUACAAUCGGACAGCAGUGCACAGUGUAGCAAGGAUUUAAUGCAUUCCAUACUUGCGGAACGAUAAGCAAGCAUUAGCAGAAACAAACAAGUGUAGUCAAGAGGGCGAUAUGAAACAAUUCUGGUGGCACAAUAUUCAUUGCCACACUCCUGUAGUAGAUCCGUGUCCGUGUGUAAAUAAAGUAUUCGCUUCCGUGCGUCCCGUGGGUUUUGCGAUCAACAUCGAGUCCAUUAAAAGUGCGCGCAAGGACUAGAGCGUUUAAACGAUGUUGCUAGUUUUAUAACAUUUUAUUCCCCCAAAACUAUUUCUCUGAUGAAUUAUUAUUACUCAAAGUGUUUUGUUGUUAGCAUUCUAUUGUUUCUUCUUCUUUUAACCCAUCGGUGGAACGUUUCCACCCCGGUGGUAUAGUGUUAAGAUAAAUUUGUCAUUAAAAGUGCAACAUACAUAGAGCAAGUGCCGUCUGGGACGUCGUACUACGGAUAGAUGUGUAAUAACCGAAAGCCGAUCGAUCGUAAAUAAAACAUACCCCAAACGAUCCUCCAAACUCGCGUGUGAAACUAAA